UACUAUAGUACUUCUUUACACCCUAGAUGACGUUCAUGUGUACGUCUAAUGGUUCGUUCGAAGGUCGACUCCAAGUUCCCCACCGAUUCGGACGCAUAAACGGCUCCCACGCGUGUCGACGGCCGCAUAUCUAGGCGUCCAACCGCAGCUCAUAGUACACUUUUCCCCUUUUCUCUUUCAGCCCUCUAGAUACUACGUGUUGGAAAUAGGAUGGUGCCUUCCAUAGUGGUCUGAUGACGACCACCCAUCUAUACACACCCACCUGUUACUCUAGUCCAAGAAGUCAUCUUCCCCCAACAGGGUCAUCUUUCUAUUCACUGUUGCGGCGAGACUUCGAGGCAGUUUACCAACUGAUCUACUGCGCCAAAAGCCGCUUACGUUCAGUGUGGCAGGCUCUCGUAACAAACAAGGCACCUCACAGAUAUAGCCGUUUACUCAUCUAUCAAAGAUUCAUAUCUUCAAAACGAAGCCUCGAUCAUUAUCCACCACCAAAACUAUUCAAAAUGUGCAAGGUUUACCACAUCACGUACUCAUGCGGCUGCAAGGAGAUUCAAGAAGCACCUUGUGCUGAAUCGCCGAACACAUUUGGAACAUGUGCUGGAGGAGCUGAGAUCAAGUCCGAGGACUACCCGGGCCCAUGUGAUAAAUGCGCCUAACCGAAGACACAUAUUCGAUAGGGGGUUGAUACAAGCAUGGUAAAAUAUACGAUUAGUGGGCGAGCAUGGGUGUAGGAU